UCAAUGAUAGUGAAUCGCCUCAUUUCCGUGUGGCUGGGUAGAAAUUUCUUCUGUCUGUUUCAUAUUUUCGAUUCCGAUCGCUAUGGACUUCCGCAGCUUGUCAAGGAGAGAGCUACAAGCACUCUGCAAGAGGAAUAAGAUUCCGGCCAAUACCACUAAUGUUGCCAUGGCCGACGCCCUUUCCGUUAUUCCAUUGGUUGAAGGAAUCGAGGAGUUUUUGAACGGCGAAGGAUCUGGAGUACCGGAAUCACCAAUGAAACAAGAGUUUGUUAACUCGGAAAUUCUUCGAACUGCACAGAGAACCACGACCAGAAGAAGGACCGUGAAAGAUGAGUCAGUUACUACUCGAACACGCCGUGCAGCUGCAGCGAGAUGUACAGAGGAUUCGGAAAACAGAGAUCUAAACGUGGUUCUAACUACUCCGUCUUUAGCGAGUGGCCGGAGAAGAACGGCGGCGGCUUCUUCAGCUUGCAAAAAGGUAGAUUUUCAGAUGACGGUCGAUGUCGUUGAGAAAGAGGACAACGAUUUAGAUCAAGAAAAGAAUGAUAUUGAAAAAACGCCUUCUAUAGUUGAAAGCCGUAAGAGAGUAGCGGCUGCUUCGACACGUAGAAGAACUGAGACUCGGAAUAAUGUCGCUACGGAGCGACGAGUGUAUAGUACAAGAAGGUCUGCUAGAUUGUUGGAGAAGAGCAUGGAGAGCUUGAGUUUAGGAGGUGACGAGAAAAGGGAGCCAAUCAGUGUCCAUAUGUCGUUCGAUGAAAUGCCUGACAGUAUAGGAUCUGUGAAGGAGGAUACGAGCAUCGAAGUUGAGUCCGUGAAGGAGGAUACGAACAUCGAAGUUGAGUCCGUGAAGGAGGAUACGAACAUCGAAGUUGAGUCCGUGAAGGAGGAUACGAGCAUAGAAGUUGAGUCCGUGAAGGAGGAUACGAGCAUAGAAGUUGACGUGAAGGAGGAUACGAGCAUAGAAGUUGAGUCCGUGAAGGAGGAUACGAGCAUAGAAGUUGAGUCCGUGAAGGAGAAUACGAGCAUAGAAGUUGAGUCUGUGAAGGAGGAUACGAGCAUAGAAGUUGAGUCUGUGAAGGAGGAUACGAGCAUAGAAGUUGAGUCUGUGAAGGAGGAUACGAGCAUAGAAGAAAUUGAGUCAAAUAAAACCGAUGAAAGCAAAUUGGAUGAUGAUUUGGAGGAGUCGAAGAGAACCGAUGAAAUCAAAUUGGAUGAUGAUGAUUUGGAGGAGUCGAAGAGAACCGAUGAAAUCAAAUUGGAUAGUGAUGAUUUGGAGGAGUCGAAGAGAACCGAUGAAAUCAAAUUGGAUAGUGAUGAUUUGGAGGAGUCGAAGAAAACCGAUGAAAUCAAAUUGGAUGAUGAUUUGGAGUUGGAAAUCGAUAACCAAGUGAAGAAUAAGCUGGAGUCUGUAGUAAAAGUUUCAGAGGUUGAACCAGAAGUUGAUCUUGAUUCGUUGAAUUGUGAAGCAGAAAAUCUUAUUACUGCACAGAAUGAUUGUUCUGAAACAGAAGCACCCGACAAUAAUCUGAAUGUGAAAUGCCUCCUUGAAGUUGAGGAAGCAAAUGAAGAUUCUAAAGACGAUGAUGCUGGGGAGGUUUUUGCUGAGGAAAUCAAUGACUCUGACAAUUUCUCUCUCCCCACUGAAGUUGUCGACCAGACAGAAGUUUACAACUCGAGUAUUGUAGAACAAUCCAGUAAGGAAGUGGAACAAAAUGAGUCUAUUUGUGAAUCAGAAUGCGGAAGUGAAGUAGAUGCUGAAGAGGAAGCCGAACUCACGGACAUUUCAGCAGAAUUGUCUCUUCCCCAUGAAAAUGUGGAAGAGGAAAUCUUAGUUGACGAAGAACUCAUAAAAUAUUCUACUGAUUUAUCUCUGCCCCAUGAGGAAGAACAAACCCAAGUCGAUGAUGAUGACUUAACCAAUGUUAAAGAAUCUGUUAUUGAAGUGAAAGAUGACGAUUUGGAGUUGGAAGAACCCGAAGUAAUGGAGACGGUUUCAGUUCAAGCUGAAAAAGAUGAUGCAGUGAACUCCAUGGACUUCCCGGAGACUGUUUCUGAAGAAGAUCUGGUCGAUGUCUUGAGCAAUGUUGAAGAAUCUGUUGUGGAAGUGAAAGAUGACGAUUCAGAGUUGGAAGAACCCGAAGUAUUGGAUCCUGAAGAUAUCAUAAACGUUGACGCCGUGGAUUCACAGCCCGAAAUCCGAAACGACAUCCGAUGUGAGGAAGAAAUAAUUCCCAGUUCCUCAAACAUCAAGAUCAAUGGAGUUCAAUCAUUACCACCCUCUUUCGAAGCUGACCAAAUGGCACUGGCAAACCAAUUUCCUAGGCCGACAGUAGAAACCAAAUCACCAGUUAAAGACCAAUCCAUUCAGCUGCUAAUCGACAACUCAGAUACUGAAGAAGAAGAAGAAGAAGAAGAUCAUAAAGAACAGGACAAAGAAAUCUUGAUUCAGAGGCAAAAUGUGGAGAAAAAUGAUGUAAGCUUAAGACAGCUGCGAAAGAUGUUCAAGCAACAACUCCAACUUAGCAAGAAGAAAAUGGACAACAACGACAACAACAACACAAAAGUUGUUGUUGGUGGGGGGAAGCUGAGAACUGCUUUACAGCCACUGGAAGAAAACAGAAUGGUAGCCAUGAAUGAAGUGGAGAAGAGAUUAUAGAAGUCUUCUUUAUUUUGUGGUGCUGCAUGGGUUCAAACUGUGGUUUGCCUCAUAGUUUUGUGGUGGUGGGGGGGGGGGUUUUAUUUUCUUCCAUAAUCCUUUCGAGAGAGGGAAAAUGAGGUAAACAUUUAGUUUGUCUGAUUUUUGUUGUUACAAUAAUGCUAUGUAGUUUUUGAUUCUCAACACACCAAAAAAACUAGCUAAUUUUUGCUUCCUUUAGAGAGAGAAAUAUAAUACAUUUCUAU